AUGGCGGUCUUCCAGUCGAAGAAGUUCCGUUCAAGUGCAGAUGCAAAUACUAUUGCCUCGAGAUAUCGUGCGCUGCUAGCCAAACAUCCCUUCGCUCUCUUCGGUUUACCUUUCAUUGCAACUAUGGUAGCUGGGUCAUUCUUCCUCACACCAGCAACAGCCAUCAGAUACGAAAAGCACGACCGCAGAGUCCGAAGAUUGAGCAAGGAGGAAGAAUUAGGCAUCGGGAAGGCAGGACGAAAAGUCGACAUGAAGGAGGAAUACUACAGGCUCGCAGCCAAAGAUCUGGACGACUGGGAACAAAAGCGUGUCAAGAGACUUCCGGGAGAGCACGAUGGGGUGAUCUAG